AUAUCGCAAAACAGAAAACAUUACCUGAAAUAUCAGAUGUUUAUUUUGCUACGUGUUGACCGCUGCGGGUUGCUCCAAAUAAAGCAAUAAAAAUUAAUAGUAAGUCCACUUAAAGACUUCUACAAGUUCACAUACAAGUGUUAUUCAGAAUAUUAACGAUACAAGUGUGGAAAAUGCUAUAUCAGUUAGAUCUUUGCCUACUUCCGUUUGGAACCCGCUGAUUUUUCUUGCCUGCUUUCAAGAACGAAAUUUGUCCCGAAAGUUGUCCGCAGAUUCAUACCGAGCGCUACAAUUUUAAAAAACCAAUCAUGGGUAACUCCCACAUAAACUGGGGGGAAUUGUUUCCCAGUAAGAAAAGUGUCAUGAUUUUCAUGACCUACAUGUCCUUGUUCGUGGCCCAAGGUAUCCUGGUAACGGCAUCGCAACGAGCAGACAACAGCUACAGCUACAAUACGGUCCUAGUAGUUCUGCUCACAGAAGUUUUCAAACUCCUUAUCUCAACUUUUCUGUACUGCCGAGAGAAUACGUUCGGCUCUCUGGUGGCGCGAGUUUUUGAGGGCCGAGAUGUGCUGUUGCUCUACUUUGUACCGGCCUUUCUUUACUGCCUGUACAACAAUCUGGCAUUCGUGAAUCUUUCCACCUUCGAUCCGACGACCUACUAUUUGCUGCUACAACUUCGGGUCGUGUUUACCGGAGUGCUGUUUCAGAUCAUUUUCAAAAAAACACUUAGCCGAAAACAGUGGUUUUCGCUGUGCCUUCUGACCGCUGGAUGUAUGCUGAAACAGUGGAAUUUUUCUCUCUUCGACUCGGACACGGAAGAAAAUGCCUCGAAAGGGAAAGAACCAUCCAAUAGCGCCGGAACCUUCAAUGGCAAAAACAUGAGCGGCUUCGGCCUGAGUUUUAGUGCCGUUUUAAUAUUGGUGCAAACCGUUUGUUCCUGCCUGGCCGGGGUCUACAAUGAGUAUCUGUUGAAGCGGAAGGGCUCCGACAUCAACAUCUACGUCCAGAACGUGUUUAUGUAUCUGGAUUCAAUAGUGUGCAACCUAUUGAUUCUGAUGUUGCGUGGUGAGCUGUCGGCCGCAGUUACCACUGAACAUUUGGUGGAAGUGUUCCGUUUCGAGGUUCUAGUCAUCAUGAUCAACAACGCCGCCAUCGGAAUUAUCACCAGUUUCUUUUUAAAAUACAUGAAUUCUAUACUGAAAACAUUCGCCAGCGCAUUGGAACUCCUGUUCACGGCUAUCCUAUCUUUUCUGUUGUUUUCUAUUCCGAUUUACUUGAACACCGUUCUCGCGAUAGUGGUUGUUUCCUAUUCAAUCUAUCUGUACUCCCUCAAUCCAGUCGUUAAUCUUGCCAGUAAAUCAUCGACAACCAGCUCAGUGAGACAAGACGAAAGCCGGAAGGGGUUGAUGGACAGUGACGGUGAUGACACCGAACUUCAAAUGGAAGAAGUUUAGCUUGACGUAUGUGGGUGCAAGUGUAUGUAGGUGUAGAUCACACGUUUUAGUAUUGUUUUUCCUUUACCGAAAAUGUUCACUUUUUUAACUUUAAGGAUUUUUAUGAUUAUAAUCACCCUUUCCACUGUGAAGAGACCAAACAAAGCGAUACGCUCUUGACCUUAGAAUUUUUUUCCUUUUAGGGUAGAAAAAUCUCGCUUCCCACUAUAAAAAAAAACUAAAAGAGUAACAAUUACUCUUCUACCAUCCUAGAUAAAACAUAUGUAUGAUAUCAACUCGUUUGGACAAGUAAAAUCGAGUUAAAAAAAAGCAAUCUUGAUUUGAAUUAGGAUUUUGCUGUGUAAGUUUAUUUAUGAAUCCCAGAUGUAAUGAUAAAGAAUUUGAAAAAAAAAAACAAAAUAAAA